AGGCACAGAGCGGGACGUUCCAAAUUAAAACACGGAAGUCCGUCCUGUGUUUGUGUGCCGUUUAAUAGCAGUUGUUAACAAUUAAAGAAAAUAACUUAUAGGACGAUGUUGCGAGACGUCUCAUCUCUUAGGUAGAAACGAGAUUCAAGUCAGUCCUUCGCUGGUAUUAAUGCUGAAGUCCAGACGGGUCUGUCUGCUCAGUUGUUGAAGCGCAUUGUACUGAUGGCACUUUGCUGUUAUCUUUCCAGCACGUAGACCAGGAUCUAUCCCUAGUGCGUCAUGGAGGAGCUCUACACCUUGGAGAGGGAGGUUGGACGAGGCAGCUAUGGUGUGGUGUUCGAGGGCCACAUGGCCAAAACAGGAGAGAGGGUGGCCAUAAAGCGGCUUCCCUGCAGCAACCCAGAGUGCAUUGAACUCUACCUGCAAGAGCUGUGGGCCAUGAGAGCCACAGCUCAGAACCACUUCAAUGUCAUUGCUCUCCACAGCUGCCUUCUGCAGACAGGACCAAGGAGCUUGAAGACUCUAAAACCAGGGAAGUUGCCUUUACGUCUAGUUGAGAGUGUGCUGAAGGGGAAUGUAUCCGGUGCACCUCGAAGCCAGGAAGGAAGUGAUUCCCAGCCUAACACCCAAAGGAAGGCCGUCACUGUUUCUGCACUCAAGGACAGGACUAACAAUGUCCAGUCCAGGGUUAAGCCCUAUGACAAGACUAAAUCAAAUGAACGUUAUCCUACAACUCCACAAAGGCCUCGGAGCAGAGGCAAGAAGAGACCAGUGCCGAGUGAGGAUGAGCAGCAGGUGCCCCUGCGUCACUUGGCACUGUGGCUUGUGAUGGAGUACUGUGACGGGGGCGACUUGAAUCAGUACCUGCUCUCCAGCCUACCAGACGCUCAGCGAAAUCACAGCGUGGUCAAACAGCUCUGCAGUGCUAUGGCCUUUUUGCACAGUCUGGGUAUUACCCAUCGAGACCUGAAGCCUGACAAUGUGCUGGUGUGUGUGACACCCAAGGGCCCGAUUGUCAAGGUGGCAGACUUUGGUCUGAGCAAAAUGAGUGGAGGUCUGGUGGACGGCGAUCUCACAAGGCAGCACUUCUCUUCUACCUGUGGCUCUGACUUCUACAUGGCUCCAGAGGUGUGGGGUGGACUGACCUACACCGCCCAGGCAGACAUCUUCUCCCUGGGUGUGAUGUUCUGGGCCGUGCUGGAGAGGAUCACCUUUGUAGAGGAAGGGACCACUCAGGAACAGCUUGGUGCUUACGUGUGUAAGGGUCGCUGGUUGAUGCCACUGGGGGAAGCUUUGUGGGAGAACGCUGACCUUCAGCUAUGUAUCCCUAUGAAGUUUAAGAGAGCCCCCCCGCUGCCACCCCCCCCUGGUCCAGCUGUAUGCACCCUGCUUUUAGAAAUGCUCGACUCGAACCCUGAUGCUCGGCCCACAGCAAACCAGCUAGAAUCCAGAGUGCGCUCUGCUCUGAAAGAGGACUCCCACUGACAGAGAAAGCGCUUAAGAGUCUGUAAUGGCAACAGCUGCUGCAGCCACAACAUGAUAAUAUUGACUCUGGACCCCCUGACUGCAGUGCUCUCAACAUAUAGGCAGAAGCCACUUUGCUGCAGCAGAGAAUUGGGGGAUACAAAUGUCUAUCAUUUUAUGGGUUGAGUUGCUUUUAUCUCACCAACACUGAAUAUGAUUUCAUAGACUGCGUAUGAAACAAAACAUAAAGGGAGAUAAGCGUGAAUGAGAAGAGCUCUAUUCGAGUAUCGUACAUUGAAAUUGAAAUGAGUGUGUAUAGAGAUCUAGUGGGACUUUCUCGAGCUGUAUGUGAUAAUGCUCGGGUCCUGCAGGCAUGACAGAGAAAACCCAUUUUACUGAGUGUAUGGCUGAAAUGAAAUGCAAGGGAUUACUGCUGCUUUAUGUCGGAGUCUAAUCUGUUCAACUUGAUAUGUAGACAUUGAGCUUGUAUUCAUUCACAGGUAGAGCUAACAUUUAUGCCUUUUGUUUUGACCAUCAACCGAAGGGCCAACUAUUGUUUCCUGUGUAUUUAAAUGUGUUUAUUCGACUGUCACCUCUGUAAGAGAUGGUGGUGUAAACCAGAUUUGCUUUUCACUUGUUUUAAAAUUUGACAUGAAUUUCUAAUCUUUUAAGGGUUACGAAGUGUUGGACUCGUUUAUUUUAUUAUUUCACCAUUUGACUUUGAGUUGCUAACAUUUGAGUGUGUUCCUCUGGUUAAUAAAAGUUUAGUCAAACUA